AUGUCGGACCAAAGCUUGGAAGCCGACUCGGUCCUCGCGGGAGGUGAAGCCCAGCCCGCCCUCCUCGAACCCUACGCGCGGUGCGUCCUCCACCCCCCUCCCCCCGUCCUCCCCGCUCUGCUUAAAAACCUGGUUCCCCAUUCGACUGAAAUUUUAGCUAUGCAGGCUCGUGAGAUUGGUGGCACGAGCGUUUUACGACGACUUAGGGUUCCAGGGCGAGGAACUGAUCACUGGUUGCACAGGGGGGGGGCCGGCCUAGCCGUUGUCCUUCUCGACGCCCUCACUCGGUGUCGAUGCCAGUGGGUUGAGGAAGAGGAGUUGGCAAAGGUGCUUAAGCUUAACAAGAGGAAGUGCUUGCAAAUCCUGCAUUAUUUUGAAGCUGAGAGAUUCCUGAAAAGAAAGAUACCAAAGACAUCCAUAGGUGAUCCUGGUACACCAUCUGGCGCAUCAUCAACUGGACAUGUUAUUAAAUCCUAUUGCUGUUUGGAUUACCCCCAGAUUUGUGAUAUCACACGCUAUAAGAUAAACAUGAUGAAGACAGAGUUGAAGAAUCAAUUGGCCAACAAAGUUGUGGAAAGCUACAUAUGCUGUGGCUGUAAAAGAAGGUGUAAUUUUACUCAGAUUCUCGCUAGGUAAUGAUUAAGAUAUUUAACCGUCAACACCUAUUGAUUUGCAGAUAUUCAGUAUUUGAUGCAAUGCAGCUGGGGUCUUUUGAGUGUGAGAGCUGUUCCAGAGAGUUAGUGAGGGAAGGUGACGAGGAAUCAAAUGAUGCAUCACGCGAUGGAAGAAAGAGAAGGAAAACUAAUUUGUCAAACAAACUCCA